GUUUGUCAUUUAGUUUGAAACACAAGUUUUUGGUGUAUUGUUUAUUAAACUAAUGGCCAGACGUGGCCGUAACGGGUGUUGCAAUGUAUUGCAUCUAAAUGAAGAUAACUCCAGGUUCUUGUUAUUAGCACUGGUACUCAUCGGAUACAUGAUGUUUGGCGCUCUACUCUUUCAUCUAUUGGAAAAAGAAGCCGAAGAGAGGGCCCGACAAAAGUAUUUGAAUUGUUUGAAAAAGUUUCGUCAAAAAUAUCUGAAUAUUAUAAAUGAAACCGAUUUAAUUGAACUGUUGUAUGAAUACGGCAAUGCAACUGCCAAUGGUGUGAUUAGUGGCACCGAUAGGUGGGACCUACCUGGGUCAUUCUACUUUGUCGCAACUGUCGUCUCAACAAUAGGCUUUGGUAUGACAACACCUAAAUCCAUAUCCGGCCGAAUGAUUGUUAUUAUAUAUGGCUUUUUAGGUUGUUCCGGAGGAAUACUGUUCUUUAAUUUAUUUUUGGAGAGAAUAAUAACAUUAUUAGCAUAUAUUAUGAGACGAUAUCACGAAAGAAAAAUUAAAAGAGAUAAUCAAAGACGUGAUUCACUAUAUAAUAAUAGACGAGAAUCUUGUGUUUCAGUUGAUGAUCGGUUGGAUAUGAAUUGGAAACCAUCGGUGUAUUGGGUAAUGUUAGUAUUGGCCACAUUUACUGUCCUCAUAGCGGUCAGUGCGUCGGCUGUCUAUUCUGUGGUCGAGAAAUGGAGUUAUUUUGAUUGUAUAUACUUUUGUUUUGUUGCCUUUUCGACCAUUGGAUUCGGCGAUUUAGUGACCAGUCAGAAGAACUCGGGACUCGAUCCAUGCAAUUCUUAUAUUUACCGAAUCGUCAAUUUUGUAUUUAUAGCACUGGGAUGUUGUUGUAUAUACAGUUUGUUUAACGUUACUUCAAUAGUGAUCAAACAAUUUUUAAAUCUUCUCAUCAAAAAACUCAACUUUAGAUGCAAAUGUUGGCGCAAACAUAAGGCGCCGGUAUUAACUCAAGUGGCCCGAAGCCGACGCAAUGCUUUGACACCAAAUCACUUACGAAGUUAUGCUCAUUCGGGSCACAAGACAGUUAAGGUCAGUGUCGCCGCCGACUCGAGUGACGUCGACUCUACCUAUGAUUCAGACAGUGAAAGAAGAAAUUCAAAUGAAAUGAUUUGUAUGAAAGAUGUAAUCAAAACUAAUAAGGUUUCACUCGCUAUACUUCAGAAGGAGUUAUACGAAAGCGCACAAAGAAGUCGUUGUUACCGAAGUCCUGCCAUUUUGUUACCAUCUAAGACAACGACAGAUGAUUUUAAUACAGGAACUGUCGGUCCAUUGGCUAUUGUGUCCAAAAAAUUAGGCGAAGAAAAUGAUUGA